AGCUAGGGAACAAACCGCAGCGGUCCAGGGAGCCCGGAGCGCAGCGGAGAGCCAGGGCACGCCUCGAGGACCGGUGCAGCCCCGCGCGGUCUCCGGGCCCUCGUCAGGCAGCCAGGCGAGCGCAGCGCCAUCCGGCCGAGCCCAGAGCAGCGCUCCGUAGCCUAGCGCGCGCCGCCGCCCGCGCCCCGCACCGGGGAAUGCGCCCUCGGCGCGCAGGCCAGGGGGCGCCCGCAGCCCGCCCCGGGGGAGGCGGCCCCGAGCGCCCCUGAGCCUUUCCAUGGCCCGGGCUGGGGCCCGGGGCCUCGGCUGCUGACGUGCACUAAGCCAGUGGAACCAGGGAAGCCGCGGCCGCGGUGCGGAUCCCGGCCCAGGCUCCGAGGCAGGAGGGCGCGGACAGGGCCGUGUCCCCGGGGGGCCGCUCGAGCGGACCGGCCCGACGCGAACCUCUCCGUUGCUGCGGCGGACACUGCCUCCCGGGCGCCCAGGCCCUGCCGCCGUGGACGAGGUCCACUGGCCAUUCGAGUAUCCUUUCUGACCCCUGAGAUGGUACUUUUUCAUGGAGGAAGUCCUUCUGCCUGUCUAGCCUGGGUGCUUCCUGCUUUUUAGUAAAUGUGUCCAGAGAACUGGAGCCUGCUUCCUGGGCCCUAGGCCCCUCCCACAAUGCUUGUCGCUGGUCUCAUCCUCUGGGCUUCCCUGCUCACCAGGGCCUGGCCAGCUACCCACAUCCAGGAUCAGCUUCCGGCCACACCUAGAGUCCGACUGUCAUUCAAAGAACUUAAGGCCACGGGUACCGCCCACUUCUUCAACUUCCUGCUCAAUACUACAGACUACAGAAUCCUGCUCAAGGAUGAGGACCAUGACCGCAUGUACGUGGGCAGCAAGGACUACGUGCUGUCCCUGGACCUGCACGACAUCAACCGAGAGCCCCUCAUUAUCCACUGGGCAGCCUCCCCACAGCGCAUUGAGGAGUGCAUACUGUCAGGCAAGGAUGGCAACGGCGAGUGUGGAAACUUCGUCAGGCUCAUCCAGCCCUGGAACCGAACGCACCUCUAUGUGUGCGGGACUGGUGCCUACAACCCCAUGUGCACCUAUGUGAACCGUGGCCGCCGUGCACAGGCCCCGCCAUGGACUCAGAUGCAGGUGGUCAGAGGCCGAGGCAGCAGGGCCACAGAUGGUGCCAACCGCCCGACGCCCACAGCCCCACGCCAGGAUUACAUCUUCUACCUGGAGCCUGAGAGACUCGAGUCAGGGAAGGGCAAAUGUCCAUACGACCCCAAGCUGGACACAGCCUCGGCCCUUAUCAAUGAGGAGCUCUACGCAGGAGUGUAUAUAGAUUUUAUGGGCACGGACGCUGCCAUCUUCCGCACUCUCGGAAAGCAGACGGCUAUGCGCACAGAUCAGUACAACUCCCGGUGGCUCAAUGACCCCUCCUUUAUACACGCUGAGCUUAUCCCUGACAGCGCGGAGCGCAACGAUGAUAAACUGUACUUCUUCUUCCGCGAGCGCUCGGCAGAGGCCCCGCAGAACCCCGCCGUGUACGCCCGCAUCGGGCGCAUCUGCCUCAACGAUGACGGCGGCCACUGCUGCCUGGUCAACAAGUGGAGCACAUUCCUGAAGGCGCGGCUCGUCUGCUCCGUGCCAGGGGAGGAUGGUAUCGAGACCCACUUCGAUGAACUUCAGGAUGUGUUUGUCCAGCAGAGCCAGGAUGUCAGGAACCCGGUCAUUUAUGCUGUCUUUACCUCCUCAGGCUCCGUGUUCCGAGGCUCUGCUGUGUGUGUCUACUCUAUGGCUGAUAUCCGCAUGGUCUUCAAUGGGCCUUUUGCUCACAAGGAGGGUCCCAACUAUCAGUGGAUGCCCUUCUCAGGAAAGAUGCCCUAUCCUCGGCCUGGCACGUGCCCGGGCGGAACCUUUACACCGUCCAUGAAAUCGACCAAGGACUACCCCGAUGAAGUGAUCAACUUCAUGCGGAGCCAUCCGCUCAUGUACCAGGCCGUGUACCCGCUGCAGCGGCGCCCCCUGGUGGUCCGCACGGGUGCUCCCUACCGCCUCACCACUGUCGCCGUGGACCAGGUGGAUGCAGCUGAUGGGCGCUAUGAGGUGCUUUUCCUGGGCACAGACCUCGGGACAGUGCAGAAGGUCAUCGUGCUGCCGAAGGACGACCAGGAGGUAGAGGAGCUCCUGCUUGAGGAGGUGGAGGUCUUCAAGGAACCAGCACCCGUUAAGACUAUGACCAUCUCUUCCAAGAGGCAACAGCUGUAUGUAGCGUCAGCCGUGGGCGUCACGCACCUGAGCCUGCACCGCUGCCAGGCCUAUGGAGCUGCCUGUGCCGACUGCUGCCUCGCCCGGGAUCCCUACUGUGCCUGGGAUGGCCAGGCCUGCUCUCGCUACACGGCAUCCUCCAAGAGGCGGAGUCGCCGGCAAGAUGUCCGCCAUGGGAACCCCAUCAGGCAGUGCCGUGGGUUCAAUUCCAAUGCCAACAAGAACGCCAUUGAGUCUGUGCAGUAUGGAGUGGCCGGCAGCGCGGCUUUCCUUGAGUGCCAGCCUCGCUCCCCGCAGGCCACCGUGAAGUGGCUGUUCCAGAGAGAUCCCAGUGACCGGCGCCGUGAGAUUCGCGCAGAGGACCGCCUCCUGCGCACAGAGCACGGGCUGUUGCUUCGUGCCCUGCAGCUCGCUGACCGCGGCCUCUACUCCUGCACGGCCACUGAGAACAACUUCAAGCACAUCGUCACGCGGGUGCAGCUGCACGUGCUGGGCCGGGACGCCGUGCACGCUGCCCUCUUCCCCCCGCUGGCUGGGAGCAUCCCUCCACCUCCUGGCACAGGUCCCCCGACACCUCCUUACCAGGAGCUGGCCCAGCUCCUAGCCCAGCCGGAAGUGGGCCUCAUCCAUCAGUACUGCCAGGGUUACUGGCGCCAUGUGCCCCCCAGUCCGAGGGAGGCUCCAGGAGCACUCAGGCCUCCUGAACCCCAGGACCAGAAAAAGCCCCGGAACCGUCGUCACCACCCUCCGGACACAUGAGGCCAGCUGCUGGAGGCCUCCACAGGACCAGCCUAGCCCCUCAUCCCUUUUAAUAUAAAAAGAUAUAUAUAUAUAUAAAAAUAUCUAUAUUCUAUACAUACCCUACCCCUGCAAAGACAGUAUUUAUUGGUGGGUUGUAUAUAGCCUGCCUCCGUGGCAACUCUAUCCAGAACUUGGACCCAUGUUGGUCAGCAACGGCACGUGACUGUGCAUGCCCAUCCUGGCCUAGGCAGUUGCCUGGGCCAGGCCAAGACCACACAGUCCCCAGACUCCGUGGAAAUCUCCCUGCUCAACAGCUGUCAAGAUCUGCAGAACACAGGGAGGGAGGAAGCCCUCCUUGCCAGGGCAUAUGGACCAUACACCUUUGCUGAUGAGUGUUGUCAGCUGUGCUGUGGCGUAGACACGGACACCGAGAUGGCUGUGGAGUCUGGGGGUGGGGGCUCAGGGCACUCAGAGGAGGGAGAAAGGGGCCACCACAGGAUACAGGCCCCUGCCUGGGUCAGAGGUGCUGAGUCAAGGCCGACCUCGCCCAGGUAUUUAUUCUCUAUUUAUUGGGGACAGAAGGGAAGUCCGUCUGGGUGGGGUAGGACCUUCUCCUCUCCCUUCCUUGCCUGUCCUGGCAGGUCCACCCCACUACCUCCUUAGGUUUUCCUGUGCCACCUUGACUCGUGGGUGGGGCCGGGCGCGGUCGUGGCUCAAAAGAGCCCCCAUCCCUGAGGAUAGCUGGGCCACUGGGAAGCCCAGGCUCUGCAGGGCAUCCCUAAGGCUCCCCGUCCACCUACUGCUUCAGGUGAUGGGUGUAAAUAACUCGAGGCAGCUGGGUCGAUGGGGGAGGGAAGCUCCUGCAGUCCUCCGCUACCCAGGCCACAGCCACUCUUGGGUUCCAUCUUGCUAAUAAACACUGGCUCUGGGACUAGACUAGACUUCGGUUUCUCUCCUUGGUGGUCGGAGUGGGAAUGGAGGUGGGUUAGGCCCACAGUUGGUGAGAAAUGGAAGCCAGGUGGGGAUUUGAAGGCGAUGCAUCUGCCACACUCAGGAGGCAGAGGCAUGUGGAUCUCUUGAGUUCGAGGCCAGACUGGUCUACAGAGUGAGUUCCUGGACAGCAUGGCUACACAGAGAAACCUUGUCAAAAAAAAAAAAAGCUGUGUAGAAAACGGGUUUGGUUCCAACAAGCCAGAGAUCCUGCACUACCUGAGCUACAGAGACCCUUUGUAGGCCACUUAAAAUGUAGAGUUGAAGAGAGAAGGAGCAGUUUUGCUCCUGAACACAACCUUCCUCAGGAUGAAUGCCCAAAUCGCCAGCGAAGGUUAUCUAUCUCCUUCCUACAUGUCCUGAAUGGAGAUGACUCCAUGCUCCAUGCCUGAGACCCUGGCACCUCUUUGUAGGCUGUCACACAGUUGAGUCUGGUUUCAGGAAAGGAGUCCAGUGAAGAGGCCCCAGAUCAGUAGCCUUACGAGCCCAAUAUUGUGUCUGGACAAGACAUCUCCAGUGCCUAGGUGCUCUGCACAGGAGGCGCCACUCUUCACCAACUGCCACACCUGUGCAGGUCCCGCAUUGGACCGGAUAGAAGCAGGGCGGGUGAGCCCCCGCUCUUCCGUACUCUGAGGAGCACCAAGCCUGCACCAGGACUCAGCAUCCGUGACAACAGGCCUGCCAGAGAGCCACUGAGCUUAGCCACCUCUGUAGUGGCCUUUGUUGCACACGUACAGCUAGACACGUGCGUGGGCCGGCACAGACAGGCAGGCAGGCACACCUGUGCAUAGGCACGUGCACCACAGCGUGUGUCACAGUCACCUACAUUUGCACAGUCGGGCACAUGUGCACCGCUGUGAACCCACACAGAACACUGUAAAGGAGGCACGGGACUGCCUCGGCCUACACAGAGAAGUGCUUAGGACACCGGGGCUGCAGCUCAGGCGUGAAGUGCGUGCCUACCAUGCAGGGAUUCCUAGAUUUGAUCCCCAGCACCACACACACACACACACACACACACACACACACACACAAAACCUAAUGCACACCCACACAUUGCAUGCACAGUCACAUAAACAGGUGUGUGAGGGCACGUGCCCUCAAAAGGCUCCUGGCAGGUAGGUACACAUACACGGAGGCAUAAGGGCUCAAGUGUCUACUCAUUCCUUCGUUUGAUCCUAGUAAGGAACAGAAAGCACACCCAGGCAUGUGUAACAGACUCACCCAUCCAUCAGCAGAAAGCACGCAGAGACCAUGCCCAGGGUCACACUUAGUGUCUGUCAGGCCAGUACAAAGUCACCUACUCCCUCAUGGCUCCUGGCAGGCAGGCACAGAACCCUCUGAUCCGUGAACCUCGGCUGGGCAAGCAGGAGGUCCUCUGUGCCUGCCUCUUCUUCAGCGCUCUCCUGCUAGUCCCCUACUUCUGGGACUAAAGGGUCUGUUCCCUCAGUUCUACCAAACAAACUCCUAUAGGACAGGGGAAGGACUCUUCAGGGCCUCCUCCGGAGAACUGGAGGGGGCAGAAGGACGCAGAGUCAGCAGUCGAAGGAUUGGGGCCUUUCCAGCCUGAUUAAAAGGCUAGGAGACUGAGCGCCACCUGUCCUUGUCUCUGAUUGGC